AUGAAGCUCGCCACCAGCUUCCUGCUGCCGGUCGCCAUCGGUGUCGCCUCUGCCAUAUCGGAUGCGAGCGUCUACAUUUUCGAUGCGAAUCUGCCAUCAACCGCCACGGACCCCCCAACCCUCAAUCCAGAGCAAGCACGUUUAGUCUUCGCCCAGCGCCUCGGGGUAUCACAGUAUCAUGGAGUAGGGGAUGCUAGUGAGACUACACUGUCAUAUAUCAACACGUUUGGAGGGCCUCGGGAAUUGCUGUUCCAAGAUGCGAGAAAUGAGAAGGCAGCAGAGCUGGUUCUGCUCGUGGAGGGCGUUUCCUCUGAUGUCGAAGGGCCUCUUCUGAGCGAAUGGGCAUCCACCAAGCCUUCUUUCACUAUAUCCGAGCCUCCGUCGAUGGCUGCGAACAAGAAGCUCGUGUUAGAUCUCCAAAGGCAAUCCGGGCAAAGUGGCAGGAAUUGUGACUUGGAAACCGCUAUCAACCCAUUUGACACAAAUUGCUGGAAUGGAAGAUCCAACGUUAUCCACUUCGAUUUGACGUCCAAAACGGGUGGCUCAAAGAUUGACGAGUUCAUGGCUGCUCAAAAGCGAUUGGUUCGAUUCGCCAAAAAAGAGGAGAUGAACGUAGUUGUGGUGCUCAUGCCCGAAGACUCUCGGGCACUUAAGAGCUCCUCGAAACAUUACGGAUAUUAUGAAUUGCCGUCCCAGCUCUCAGUCGGCAAGAUGCGUCGACAAACUGCUGAAGAACCCAUGACGGAAGUUCCAGCCGCAUCUGCACCCCCGAAACUGUCCAAUACACAACAACAAUCUCCUGAUCCGACUCAAAGUUCGGCGAUAACCCCAUUGCCCAAACUCCCACAACUCUGCUACGCAUCCGAGGAGGCCUGCGUUUCCUCAACAAACAACUGCUCCGAUCAUGGGUCUUGCUACAAGAAAUUUACGACGAAGAAGGCAGCAUGCUUCACCUGUGGCUGCAAAUCGACGAACGAAGGCUUCCUUCACGCCAAGAAACAGUACUACACCACAGUCAACUGGGGCGGCUCAGCAUGCCACAAGAGAGAUGUCAGCAGUCCAUUCUGGCUCAUUGCUAUUUUCACCGUGGUCUUGGUGGGAACUGUCAGCUGGGGAAUUGGCCUGAUGUACAGCAUUGGAGAGGAGACGCUUCCAGGUGUAAUCGGCGCUGGGGUCUCGAGCAAGUCGAGAUAA